GCACUCUCUCGCGAGGUUACAGUUGAGCUGCAACUUUUGACCUAAAGUAGGAAAUAAAAAGAAGAACAAAUAUUGAAAAGAUAAUGUAAUUAAUUUGGUAACAUCUUCGGGGCAGUACACCCCCACGCAGUGAAUUGUUAACGUUACCAAAUAAACUAGAUUCAUUUUAGAUGCGUAAAUAUAGUAUGACCUACAUUACAACUGGUGGCGGUAAGUAGGUUAGCUUGGGUUAGUAACGUAACACCGUUCUGUUAAACAAGAGAAGAAGAAACGGGACAAACAUGGCAGCGUACAUGAGAAGCGUGACAUGUCUUGUUUCCAUAGAGCGAAACGCUUUUCUAACAAGGGGAAGCGGUAUUGUUGUGGAAUCUAAACGUUAUGUACGCGGACUGAGGAGGAAACCUGUGAGAGUGCUGUUUCCAGAAAACGAGACGGAUAAAGUCCUCAAGCCGCCGCCACAGUCUCAGUCAGGAGGGCAACACGUCAAGAGGGACAAGGAGGCAAAAGUCACAGCUACAUCAAGGCAUCUUGAAGAAAAUGACUUUGUCAAGGCGAGGAGUAAUGUGCAGUCAACUAUAAAACAUGCUCACGUUACUGUUACAAAGGAUCAAAUUGAUGGACUGCGCUUCGAGAGGGCUUUCCCUGGAGAUAAAAGACUGGCGAGGGUAGUGAGUGUUGCUCGUUCCAGGACGUUUCGGGAGCACCAGGGUAAAAUCCUCCUGGAGGGCAGACGUUUGAUCUGUGACGCCCUGGAUGCUGGAGCCAACCCACAGAUGGUGUUCUUCAGUACAGUGGAUCGGCUCCGAGAGCUGCCCUUAGACAAGCUGAAAAGGGCCACGCUAGUCAAAGUCAAGUUUGAGGACAUCAAGAUCUGGUCUGACCUUGUGGCGCCACAAGGGGUGAUCGCCAUAUUUUCUCGCCCGGACCCGUCACGGUUGAACUUCGCAAAUAGAGGUGAUUCGGUGCCGUUGUCCCUGAUAUGCGACAACAUCCGAGACCCUGGCAACCUUGGGACUAUGCUGCGAUGUGCUGCUGCUGCUGGCUGCCAUAAUGUCCUGCUCACCAAGGGUUGUGUUGACACUUGGGAGCCUAAAGUCCUGCGUGCAGCAAUGGGCGCCCAUUUCCGCCUUGCCAUCUAUCCAAGCUUGGGCUGGGAUGAUAUUGAAAAUCAUCUCCCCAAACCUGUGACUGUCCAUGUGGCUGACAGCAGCUGUGGCGUUGACAGAAGUCGAGAAAAAGAGGAUUCACAAGUUAAUGUGUCUCACAAACCCUCCAAAGCAGGAGACUAUAGCUGGGUCAGCACAAGGCCUAAUCACAAUAACAUGUGCUACGAGGAAUACACUUCUGAUUCUGACUCAGAUAGUGACCACGAGGGACUUUUACUUCCCAGAGUGGACGCAAAGCUGUACCAUGAGAGCUGGGCUCAGAGUCCCACUGCUCUUGUGAUAGGUGGAGAGACACAGGGUCUGAGUCUAGAAGCAGUCGAGUUGGCUGAGAAAACUGCCGGUCACAGGCUCUUUAUUCCUGUCGUUCCUGAUGUGGACAGCUUGAAUUCAGCCAUGGCCGCCAGUAUCCUUUUGUUUGAGGGCAGGAAGCAACUGUUAAAACUAAUGCAGACACCUGGAUGGAAACGGAAAUCUAAAGCUGAGCAGCAGUUUUCAUGAUGUUCAUUCUAAAUAGCGGCAGCCUGCCCAGAGAGACCAGAGAGCUGCUGCUUAGUCACACAUCCGGCUGUGUGGAAAGACAGGAAGCAACCAGGUGGGGGUCCAACGACAUCCACAUUUUUUCAAAAGCUCACUUACAUCAGAUGUAAGUCUCAACAUCUGAUAUGGGCAGGAUAAGAGCAGCGCAGAAUUGUGAACGUUGAAAAUAGAUUGCUGCUGGAUUUGGUGGGGAGUCCAGUUUUAUGCAGUUAUUUUGAAAGGGCUUCACCCAUGUUCUGCCUGAGGCUUGAUGUCACCUUUCACCCUUUACAACUCCUGUAGUCACAGGUAACAGAAAUUAAUCAUGAGCAGGCAGCAACUUUCAAACAAGCUCAAAUGGGCCAUUAAUUAUUGAGACUGAAUAAGAAAUCACACCCUUUUGUAAUUCAGCUUUAUUUCCAGCCGGGUGUGCUUCUGGAAUCGGCAUUCCUACCUUGACAGAGAUCCAUUAUUCUAGACUUCUCUAAGUCGGAUGGAUUUCAUGCGUUUUGCUUUGUAAGGUCACACAGUUCACUUAUUAAAUGUACACAGCUACUAUCAUUUGAGACAUUCUCCUUUUCUCCUGACAGCAUGACCUGAUAUCCCCUCAGCUUAGUUUGCUGGCUCAGAGGGAGACUCGCAAAGAUUAAAGAUCAGUUUCAUAUGGAAAAGAUUAUGUUAAAAAUGCAGAACUAACAAGAAAGGGCCAGAGGGUGGCACUGCAACAAAGAGUUGGACUCCUCAUGGAGGCAGCGCCUCUGAUGUUAAUACGGUUACUGAUUUAUGUGCCAAUAUGAGUUUUGUCAAAACACAGUCAAAGAUAAAGCGACUUUGGAUGGAUUUCCUGCUACAUACAACGCUCAAGCAUUCCCUCCUUUCAGGCCUCUUUGUUGUGUCUCCUCUGUUAUCAGAAAAUCCGCAGCUAUUCUUACUAAAUGGAUCAAACCACACAAUCAGCUCUCAGACUUCUCUUUGAAUAGCUUGGCUGCGCUGCUACCUAAAAAGGAUAAUUAUGCCAAGAUGAAGUCCUGUACUUUGCAAAACUGCUAACAGAUGGAACAGAUGAGUUGCAGUGUGGUAUUUUGUUGUAGGCAGCUAACUUCCUCUGAAUGGAGCCCAUUUUAUUACGCUGCAAAUCACCAUACAUUGACCACUUAAUACUCACAGAUGUAAGCUGUCACUAAGGACAAUGUUGUUAUGAGUGAAAUACUGCUUUAUUCUUCUACUACAAAUAAAAGCUUUGUCUCACAUG